AUGUCAAUUCUUAUUGUUGCCUUGUAUGUUGAUGAUUUGUUAUUUUCUGGUAACGAUGAGAUAAUGAUUGAAGAAUUUAGAAAUACCAUGAUGGGAAGAUAUGAAAUGAGUGGCAUAGGUUUGUUGAAUCAUUUUCUUAGAAUUGAAAUUUAUCAAGUUGAAGAUGGAGUAUUUAUUUCUCAAAAGAAAUAUGCUGAAAAUAUUUUAAUGAAAUUUGGCAUGAGUGGUUGUAAGCCCAUGGCCAUUCCACUAGUUGUGAAUGAAAAACUUAUAAAGGUAGGUGAAGAGAAAAAUGUUGAUGGAUCGUUAUAUAGAAGCUUGGUUGGAAAUUUGUCGUAUCUCAUAGCUACAAGGUCAGAUAAAAUGUAUGCUACAAGUUUGCUUUCUAGAUUUGUGAAUAAUCCCAGCAAAAAUCAUCUUGGUGUUGCAAAACAAGUUUUGAGGCAAAUGAAAGGUUACCUUACAGUAUAUUUGCACACUAUUCCAGUAGUUGAGAGUUCUAGUGUAUUUGGUAAUCGUAAUGAUGCUGAUGCUAUUAAUAACACUAUGGCUCUUACUACACAGACAAUGACUAAGUGGAUGACAGUGGUGAUGAAGACGGUAUUAGAGGAUGAGAGGGAGCGAGAGUGGAUGAGAGAGGAUGACAAUGGUGAUGAAGACGGUGUUAGAGGAUGA